GGAAGUAAUAAACGGCGUGUGGAAGUAAUCGGAACUAACAGUGACAUUUCAGGCCUCCCGCUUGACCAUGAGCGACUCGGAGCUAGAGUACACCAUCGUCUUUCCUGAUCCCUCCGAUUCAGACCUUAAAGAAGACCCUGUGAUAAUUCUGUUGGGUUGGGCUGGCUGCCAAGACAAACAUUUAGCAAAAUACAGCUAUAUCUACAAAAAUCAGGGCUGCGUAGUUCUCAGAUAUAUUUCUCCAUGGCGCCAGAUAUUUUUCCCUGGAAUCUUCAGUAAAAAUCUCCGUUACACUGCAAGAAAACUCUUAGAUCUUCUGUUUGACAUUGGCAUAGAAGAGCAUCCAAUCUUGUUCCAUGUUUUCAGUAAUGCUGGCAGUAUGCUAUAUCACCACAUUGUUGCGCUCCUGUUCGACCAAACUGAAACUUACUUCGCAAAGUUAAAUGUUGUAGGGACCAUUUUUGAUAGUGCACCUGGAAAUAGGAACUUACAAGGUGGUGUCCGUGCUCUGAAUGCAGUUUUGGGUUCUUCAGUCAACAGUUUUGUAAAGUGUUUUGCUAUUUCUGCUUUCAUCUUGAUUGUGUUCUUUCGGGUUCUGCUCUAUCCAGUAGUGCAAUUUAUCUCCCUGUCACACUAUGAUGCUUUGAAAGUGGAGCCUUCAAGAUGGCCUCAACUUUUCUUGUACUCAAAAGCAGAUAAGGUAAUUUCUUACAAAGAUGUAGAGGGACUGAUCAAAACUAGAAAACUGUUAAAUAUUGAAGUGCAAUCUAUGGAUUUUAACACUUCACAGCAUGUAAGCCAUUUUAAAGAGUUCCCUGAUAAAUAUUCUAGCAAGUGCAUCAGUUUCUUCAAGAAAUGCAUUCAGCCACAUUUGACUAAUUCUUUGAGAAAGAAUUUAAUGCAAUGAACAAGUCAUAGCCCAAUACAGCAAACAAGUCAUUGCAAUUGGCUACAAUGCCCUUGGCUGGAGAGGGGUGGGGAAAAAGGAGGGAGAGAGGAUAUGACGUUGGUCAGUGUCCUAUUUCUGAUUGUUACUUACUAUUUUCUGGAAAGUUCCCAUGUUAAUUUUAAGUCCUUCAAAAUUAAGUAACCUGCUGAUGCUUAUUGUUUUGGUUCACAUAUUUUAAAAAAACGCUGUUUUAUUGAGAUUGUGGAGGCUUUUAGCACCCAGCUUGUCAGCAUCUUCAAGAAUAGGGGGGGCAAAGUGAGGUAGACAGGAGAAGUUCUUUUCAAUUUUCAACAGCUGCUGGCUCACAUAUGUCCAUACCUGUACUUUAAGGAUUUUUAGCGCCCGAAUAUUUGGAAAGGUAGUAGAAGUUGUGCAAUGUCAGAUCAAACAGGCACAAUGAGUUUGAUAUAGUUUAUGUUCUAGUUAUACAUGAUAAACCAAUCAUUAGCUUAUUUUUGUUUGCACACAAGACCAGAAGAAAAUAGAAGCAGGAGUAGGCCAUCAGGCCCUUCAAGCCUGCUUCACCAUUUAAUAUGAUUAUGGGUGAUCUAUGCUGGCCUCAACUUCUCUUCUGUGUCAUUUCUUCAUCCCCCUCUAUUCCUCAAUCUAUCAAAUACUUGUCCACCUCCACUUUAAAUACUUCUAAUGAUCCAGCUUCCACCACCCAUUGGGGCAGAGAGUUCCAGAGAUUUACCACUCUCUGAGACAGGAAUAAUGUGAGAUGACUGCAUAUGGCAUUUAAUACUUUGUGUAAAAAUAUUAUUGCAAUAUUCUGAAUCAUUCAUAGAUUGGGAGUUUUUUUUUUCCAAAUUAAUUAACUAAUUCUCUGCUUGUGAACAUAGUUAACAAGUUACUGUUAUUCACAAUUGGGAAUAUGGUGGUUUGUCUUUCUCCCCAGACCACCACAGACCCCAUGCUAUAUGUGCUCCUGCAUUGUUGUCGGGUUGGUAUUGUCAGGAUUUUUACCCAACAAUGGAUGAAUGCCAAAAUAGAAAAGGUAUGACGUGGAGAACAUACUAUGUCAUGCUAUAUAAAUGUCAUAUCCUGCUUUCAUUAUUCUAGUGGAAGUUGUGGAUUUUGAUGUAUGUGAAUAAAGCUAUAGUGAGAUGCUGUAGUAGUCUGCAGACAGAAUUUCAUGCAGGGUUAAAAGAACUCAAUUCUUUCUCAUUCAUUCAAAUCACUGUCUGAGUAGCUUCCUGAAGCCAUUCAACCCUUUGUGACCUGAGUUAUUGAGUCAUACAGCACAGGAACAGGCCCUUCGGCCCAACUUAUCCAUGCCGACCAAGUUGUUUACUUGAGUUAGUCGCAUUUUCCCAAGAUUGGCCCACAUCCCUCUAAUCCAUGUAAAACAAUUAGAGGUAUCCAUGUACCUGUCUAAUUGUCUUUUAGAUGUAAUUGUACCUCUACCACUUCCUCUGGCAGCUCAUUCCACAUGCCCACCACCCUCAGAUCCCCUUUAAAUCUUUCCCCUCCUUAAACCUAUGCUCUCUAGUUUUAGACUCCCCUACUCUGGUAAAAAGACUGUGACCAUUCACUUUAUCUAUGCCCCUGACGAUUUUAUAAACCUCUAUAAGGUCACCCAUCAGCCUCCUACACCCCAGGGGGAAAUAGUCCUAGCCCUCCAGUCCUGGUAACAUCCUUAUGCAUGAUUUCUGCACCCUUUCCAACUUAAUGACAUCCUGCGAAUACCCAGGCAACCAGAACUGCACACAGUAUUCCAAGUGCAGUCUUACCAACGUCUUGUACAGCUGUAACAUGAUGUCUCAACUCUUGCACUCAGUGCCCUAACUGAUGAAGGCAAACAUGCCAAACACCUUCUUCACCACCCUGUCUACCUGUGUCUACUUUCAGGGAACUAUGUAUCUGUACCCCUAAGUCCCUCUGUUCUACAACACAUUCCAGGGUCCUGCCCUGGUUUAACUUACCAAAGGGCAACACCUUGCACUUAUCCAAAUUAAAUUCCAUUUGCCAUUCUCUGGCCCACUUCCUAAAUUGGUCUCGAUCCAUUUGUGAACUUAGAUAACCCUCUUCUUUGUCUACUACACAACCAAUUUUGGUGUCAUCUGCAAACUUACUAACCAUGUUAACACUGUCAUUCAAAUAGAUGACAAACAAUAGUGGACCCAACGCUAAUCCCAGGGGGACACCACUGGUCACAGGCCUCCAAUCUGAAAAACAACCUUCCACUACCACCUCUAGACUCCUUCCACCAAGCCAAUUUUUUAUCCAAUUGGCUUGCUCACCUUGGAUUCCAUGUGAUCUAUCUUUCUACACCAGUCUACCAUGCAGGACCUUGUCAAAAGCCUCACUAAAACCCAUGCAGACCAUGUCUACUGCCCUGCCCUCAUCAAUCCUCUUGGUCGCCUCUUCAAAACAAAACUCAUUCAAAUUCAUGAGACACUAUUUCCCACACAUAGAGCCAUGCUGACCAUCUCUAAUCAGUCCUUGCCUUUCCAAAUGCAGAUGGAUCUUUGUCUCAGAAUCCCCUCCAGUAACUUUGCCAUCACUGAUGUUAGGCUCACUGACCUUUAGUUCCCUGGCUUGUCCUUGUAACCUUUCUUGAAUAAAGGCACAACAUUAGCCACCCUCCAGUCUUCCGGUACCUCACCCAUGAUUAAGGAAGAUACAAAUAUCUCUGCCUGGGCCCCUGUAAUUUCUUCCCUAGCUUCCCACAAGAUCCUAGGAUACACUUAGUCAGGCCCUGGGGAUUUAUCCACCUUAAUAUGCUUUAAGACUGCCUGCACCUCCUGUUUUGUAAUGUGGGGAUGUUCCAAGACAUUACUAUUCAUAUCUCUUAGUUCUUUAGAUUACAUGACCUUCUUCACAGUAAAUACAGAUGAGAAAUAUUCAUUUAAGAUCUCACCCAUCCCUCAUGGCUUCACUACCCUUUUGCUCUUAAUAUACUUGUAGAAUCUCUUGGGGUUCUCCUUUAUCUUCUUUGCCAGAGCUAUCUCAUGUCCUCUUUUUGCCCUCCUGAUUUCCCUCUUAAGUGAGGUCUUAAAUCUCUAUGACUACUUUAAAACUAAUAGCAUUAUGGUCACUGGUCCCAAGGUGCUCCCCCACUGACACUUCAGUCACUUGGCCUGCCUCAUUUUGCAGUACAAGGUCUAAUAUUGCCCUCUCUCUAGUAUGGUCAUAUACAUAUUAUUUGAAAAAACAUUCCUGGAUACAUUUAACAAAUUCUGCGCCAUCCAAACCCUUUGUACUAUGGCAGUCCCAGUCACCUACUAUUACAACCCUAUAAUACAGCCUCACUGAUCCCCCAGGAAUAGCCUCUCGAAGCACCGCUUUGAUGUUCUCCCUAAUCAAAAAUGCAACUCCCCCUCUCUUAGCUCCACCUCUAUCACACCUGUAGCAUGUGCAUUUGGCUGAUUCUGGCAUCCUCCUGAUUCCCACCCCAGCGUUUAUUAAUUGUGCUUUCAGCUGCUUUUGCUCUGGAAUUCUCAACCUCUCUUUAAGCCGGUCCUUUUUUUCUUUGGCCAGGCUUUAGUUUAACAUUUUUAAUUAUUAACUCCCUUAGCUGCUGCUAUUUGUGGUUCUCAGGCUUUGGUAUCUUGGGUGUCCCCAGUUUUACACAGGACCUAAACAUUUGGUGAUCAGUAUCUCUGUUCUGUGUAUGGACUUUGUUCUGCUUCAUAUUUUGAUACAUAAAUUAACAUAAACUUUUAUGUGUUUUGUUGUUAAAUCACCUAAACAAUGAAUGAAUUGAUCGUAGUUAAAAUCUUGUUAAACUAUGUCACAGCAAUGGAGGAGGAAGCCUCCCUUCUAUCUUUUCAACAAGUAGUGUUGAAAGUCAUAGUUUUCUUAAUAACGCACAAACCUUUUACUUUUCAUUCUCUGACUAUGGAUAGUGCAGUGUGUUUCUAAUUUUUCAGAGAUUCAUCUUGGACAAUUAGUCAA